UGCUUACGAAUUGUUUCUUUGCAAAAUUUAACAAACUGAAAAAUCAAACUACGAUCAGGAUGACGGGAGGAACAGAAGCUUUUCCGGAUUUGGGUCGGCACUGCCAGCUCUCCGAUUGCCACCAACUCGAUUUCCUCCCCUUCCAGUGCGACGGUUGCCGUAAGGUUUUCUGCGUUGAGCAUCGGUCUUACAAGUCCCACGAGUGCCCCAAAUCGGACCACAACAGCAGAAAGGUGGUGGUUUGCGAAAUCUGCUCCGCCUCCGUAGAAACCACCGGCUGCGACGACGAACAAGACCAUAAAUUGCUGUUGGAGAAGCACGCCAAGUCCGGGAAUUGCGACCCCAAAAACAAGAAGAAACCCACCUGUCCCGUUCGCCGGUGCAAGGAGACUCUCACGUUUUCUAAUACCAGCACCUGCAAAACCUGCCAUACGAAGGUCUGCCUCAAGCACCGGUUCCCGGCCGACCAUGUUUGCAGGAAGCAAACGGCAGCUCAGCCGUUGUUGCUGGCGGGUAAUGGCGUCAGCUGGAACGACAGGUUCAUGGCUGCUUUUGCUUCGAGGAAAGGGAAAGAAUGCGGGAAGAGUGAGCGGGAUUCCAAGUCUUCCGCUUCGAGUGCGCCAUCUGUUCGAGCGCAUUGAGAGACUGUUCAUCUGCUUCUGCUGGGUUUGUUUACCAUUCCGCAGUUCCGUGUUUCUUCGAAACAGCGUCGUGUCGUUGUAAUUCUUUUAAAUGGUCAAGAUUUUAAGACCCUUCAUCAUUAAUCUACAAAUUAGAAUUCAUACUUUGA